AUGGAUCGGGCGUUGAGUCUCGCUGAGGUGCAGAAGCAUCAGACCGUCGACGACUGCUGGAUUGCAUUGCACGGCAAGGUGUAUGAUAUCACCGCGUUCCUCGCAAUCCACCCUGGCGGCAAGGCAAUUCUCCUAAAGAACGCCGGCAAAGAUGCGUCUGACGCUUUUGAUUCGUUCCAUCCCGUUGAGAUCAUCGAUGAGUAUCUCAAAAAAGAUCAGGUUAUGGGAAGUUUUACAGUGGAACAGAUGGAGAAGCUUUCAGACAGCGAAGGCUCUUCCAAUGAUCCGCCAGAAUCCACAUCUCAGGGGCUCGACGCAGCAGUCCCUCCAGUAUCACAAAUUCUCAGCAUAUCAGAGAUGGAGCACUAUGCGAUGAAAAAGCUGAGUCCAAAGGCCAUCUCGUACUACGCUUCCGGCACCGACGACGAAGUGACGAAAGUAGGAAACGGCACCAUCUUUAGGUCCAUCCUGCUCAGGCCGCGUGUGUUUGUCGACUGCACGCGGUGCUCAUUAUCAACCACAAUUCUCGGCAACAAAGUCGGCAUGCCAAUCUACGUGUCUCCUGCCGCCAUGGCAAAACUUGCGCAUCCGGUGGGAGAAGCAGGUAUCGCAGCAGCCUGCUCGAAAUUCCAGGCGCUCCAGAUCAUCAGCAAGAACGCCUCAAUGUCCCCCUCGGCGAUCGUCAAAGCCGGCCCAGACGCGAUCUUUGCCUGGCAGCUGUACGUUCUGAAAGACAUCGAGGCAACCGAGAGGACGCUGGCCCAGAUCCGCGCAAUCCCGCAGAUCAAGUUCAUCGUGCUCACCCUCGACGCGCCCUUCCCCGGGAAACGAGAGGCCGACGAACGGUUCAAGAUGGCCGAGGUCGCCGGGGGAGCACCACCUCAGGUCUGGGGCACAGAGUCGGGGCUGACGUGGAAGAAGACCUUGGCAUGGCUCAGCAAGCACACAUCAAUCCCGAUUGUUUUGAAAGGGAUCCAGACGCACGAAGAUGCGUAUGCGGCUACGCUGUUCCCGAGCGUCAAAGGCAUCAUCAUCUCCAACCACGGCGGACGUGCGCUGGACACCACGAUGACGCCGAUUCAAGUACUGCUGGAAAUUCGCAAGUUUUGUCCGCAGGUGCUUGACAAGAUCGAUGUUUUAAUCGAUGGAGGUGUCAAGAGAGGAACGGAUGUUGUCAAGGCUCUGGCUCUGGGGGCUAAGGGUGUUGGAAUUGGCCGAGCCGCGCUUUAUAGCUUGGCUGUUGGAGGCCAGGCGGGAGUUGAGAGGGCAUUGCAAAUUCUUGCAGAUGAAACAGUCACUGCAAUGAGGUUGCUCGGGGUAGAGCGUGUUGAUCAACUUAAUCCAAGACAUAUCAACACAGAUGGAUUACAGGCACAGCUAUUCGGCGGAAGUUCUGGCCUCGAGGAGGUAGAAAGAGAAUUGAGGCCUAAGCUGUGA